AUGUCGAGUUUUAUACCCGAACUCUCUCGUCAACUCCGUCUUGUUCUCGAAUCGUCACCCAAUGCAUUGUCACUUUCGGAGUUAACUCUACUUGUCGACGAAGUUGUUCAUGAAUGCACCUCUUCUUCCGAGCCUGAAUUCCUUAUCGUCGACCUCGAGGAGGAACUGCAGGCCAUUUAUCACGAUGUCAUAGACCACGAUGUCUUCGAGCAAACGGAAACUUUUCUUUCUGUGCUUAGCCGUCUAACACCUGUGUUUUCCUCUACAUCUCUGAUCUCAACGUGGUUCGAGCUCGUUCUGCGCCCCGCUCUUCGACAACCGAAGCUUCCGAGUACCGCUGUUGCAUGCGCGAAGGACCUAGUAGUUACUGCUCUGGAGAAGCCGGAUGAACACAAUCCAGAGAAGCAGGGCGAGUUCAGGCGGCGAAUGUUGGACCUCUAUCUCCUAGACGCUUUCAACGAGGCCUCAGGAGAUGAUGUUCUGGAAUGGGCAAAGUGGCCACAGGAGCAACGAGAGCGGAGGAAUGUGUGGAAGACCAAUUUAGAGGACGUCUUGGUACGGUUUGGACUUGGAAUGCCUCAGGAAUUCCUAACACAAGUGUUCCAUUGUUUUGCCUCACCUUCGUCCCGCUUCCAACUCCUCAAUCUCCUCAAUAACUUCACAUCCCAACCUCAAUUCGAGAACCUUGCUCCCAUCAUGAUCAAGCAUCCUAUGACCCAAAGCAUUUUGACUCAUCUCCUUGUCGAUACCUCAUCCACUGUUUGCACUAUUGGCCUUACGAUCAUGACGAAACUCAUCCCUAUCUUCGCAGUCCACGACCCGGAGAACCUGAAACCCAUGCUUCCUCAACUCCUCGCCAUCCUCGCACGCGUGAUCUGUUGGCGCGAGCGUGUGCCCACCCCAGGUGGCCCCGCCCAAGCUUUUGAAGUCGAGGAAGACAUCUUGUUCUCAGACGUCACAGUCAACCGCAACACCACCUCUCCCACAAAACCUAUAGGUCUGAACCCGGAUCUUGGCUGGGACAGGUUAGAAUUGACCUUCGGUGCUACCGCGUCGCCUCCACCUUCACCCCGCCGGUUCUUCACGCUCCUAUACUACCUUUUCCCUUGCAACCUGCUAGACUUCUUGCGUAGGCCAGCAGACUAUCUGAUUGAGAAAGGGUGCGAGAGCCCUUACGUUGUUCAGUGGGAUGACCUCCUCGACUACGACCAGAUUAAGACCAAGAGCGAGAUCCUUCUGCGAGCGCACGCUACACACCCUAGAAUCAUCUGGACAAACAUCGACAAGGAACUGAGCGAUCCCGACUUUUUUGCUUCUCGCAGCGUCUCCCAAAUUGUAUCCGAAUGCCUUCUGCUCGUCGUCCGAGAAACUGCCGCGUUUCAACCGACAGAAAGGGGCGGGGGAGAUGCCGCCGAACGUAAUCCUGCUGCUAUUCACGAUCCCACGGCCGCCAUUCCUGAUACCGCAGAGGGCGAGACUUCAGGCAGGUUCGCCACACGCCCGCCUGACGGAGCCACCACCUCUUCUUCGCCGAGCGACCUACCGCAAAUUUCCCUACAGCAUAUGGUCAACACCUCUAUCGCUCUUAAAUCCCGCACUCCUGUCGAGUUUGUCGAUCCCGUACCUGCUUGGCCGUAUACUUUGUUCCAUCCACCCGCCAGUCGAACCAGCAGUGGCACAGCUACUUACCAUUCGGCUGCCGCCUCUCCCACGUCCUUGUCAGUGCAUUUGCCAGACGAAUCGCAGCCUGUGGCGGGCGAGACUUCGGACAAGACCGAGGACAAUAUUCCGAACCAUGUAGCCCAGGCUAUGGCGAGUCUUCAGCGCGAGGUCCUCUUGCUGAAGACCGAGUUGAACUUCGAGCUGUGGUUGACGAGACAGAACGUACAACAGGUUGUGAGGUUGUAUGAGAACCGGAUCGCGAGCAGCAAGGCGGAGGAGGAACGGCAGGGCCUCCAUAAUGCCCUACGGGAUUACAGAUCCCAGAACAGCGAUUUACAGCGACAACUAAAGGAGCACAAGGAAUCAGCAGCGAAGGCGAAGUCGACGUACGUGGAGUGGAACAGCGAUCUGCAAGCGAAGGUGACAACUUUGAAGAAGGAGAAGAAAACCUGGCAAACGGAGACGGCUACCCUACGACACUCCGAAAAGGAACUUCGCGCUCAAUUCACCGCCCAAGGGAAGCUUCUCGCUGAAGCCGAGAAGCGUGUCUUUGAAUUGGAGACCUCCAUCAAAGAGAACGCGCAUAAGGUCGAUAGGCUGAAGGACUACGAGCGGCGGAUCGAGCAGCUGACUCUGCUACAGAAGCUUUGGGACCUCGACGUACACAGGAACAAGGAGCAGAAGGAGGUCCUAAAGGCGAUGCUGAGCAAGUACAAGAAAAUGGAGCUGCGCGUACAAACAUACGAGGAGAUUCACGCUCAGAUGGAAGAAUACGCCCGUGGCUCUCGACGUCAGAUACAAGCAUUGGAGACCAAGGUAGCGCUGCUGCAGUCUCAGAAGCAGCGCCGACGAUCUGGUCCAGACGUGAAUGCAUACACGACUAAGUUGGCCGCUCUUACGGAGGAGAAUACACGGAUUCGUGAAAUGAACCAGGAGCUGAAAGAGGAAACAGAUGAAUUGAAUGCGAUGGUGGAGGUUCUCAAGGCUCGACAAUACGAAGGAAACGUGAUGAGAAGUCCGAUGGUGACAGGACUGGUACUAGACACAACGCGUAGUCCCGUCAGCUCGGUUGUAGGAAGUCCUGUGCUAUAGCGGUGUCCUGUGGAUUCUUGGCUGUACUUGUAUAUUCUCUCGAUAUCAUGUAUCUUUACCCCUCUUCUGUAUCCCAUGCAAG